UCGGUGGUUCGCUUUUUGUUACUGAUUACCUUUGCUGUGCUUCAUCAAUUAAAAUUAUGACUCAUGAAAAAAAACUAGAAUUUACAGAAAUCACAAUUCCCGUACCUUGGGGUCAUAUCUCGGGACGUUGGUAUGGUGAUCAUACAGUUCGACCGCUGCUAGCUUUACACGGUUGGCUCGAUAAUUGUGGCAGCUUUGCCAAAUUGGCACCCCUACUCAUACAAACAAUUGGCAGUGUGCUUUGCAUCGAUCUUCCCGGACAUGGAUAUUCUACACAUUUACCACCUGGAACAGUUUACCAUUCUCUAGAAUAUGUACGUGCUGUCCUACGACUGAUGAAGGUAUACAACUGGCCGAAAAUUUCAUUGCUGGGUCAUUCCAUGGGUGGAGCGGUGGUGUUUUUCUUCGCAGCACUAUACCCCACUAAAGUGGAUGUGCUAAUAGGGAUUGAUGCCAUCAAAAGACCGGUUUUGAAGCCACAAGACAAAAUAGAAUAUUUUCGACAUGCGAUGGGCAAAGCAUUGCAAGAUAAUCAGCGUCUAGUCGAUGACACAUCCCAGCAGGAACCACCAAACUAUACGUUUGCCGAGUGUGAGCAAUUGCUGCAUAAGGGGUCGGGCUACUCGGUGGAUCUGGAAAAUUGCAAAUAUAUCUUGGAAAGGAAUUUGAGCAGGUCACAAAAAUAUCCCGAGCGAUACUAUUUUUCGCGCGACACACGCCUUAAGUACAUAACGGCUUUGGAUGGAGACCAUGCACUUUUCGAAGCCAUGGCUAUGCGUAUUAGUGAAGCUGCAGUUCCUUAUGUGGUCAUAAAAGCAGGUGCUUCAAACUAUAUGGACGAUGAAUCGAUGCAGUUAAUUCGUUUAUUAGAAAAGCAUAAUCCAAAUUUUGAAACACAUGUGAUUGCCAAUGGCAAGCAUCAUGUGCAUUUGAACGAGGCACCGGUUGUGGCAGAGUUGAUCGCAUCGUUUUUGAAGCGACAUCGCCCAUUGACAGUUGUACGUGCCGAGCAGCCAGGUGUUGAAAACAAAAACGAAACGGUGGCAAAGGGUAAAUUGUGAACUUGAAAACGCAUGC